AUGUCCGAAAGAUACGUUUACUGCAAUGGACGAGCGCAAGAAGGAGGUCCGAAUGUUGGAGCCCACAAACAACGGACGUCGGAUGGGUCGACGAAACCCCAAAGUGUCACCAAUCGCCAUAUGAACUGGUUGGUACAUGGCUUAUACACAAGGAAGCAUUUCGAGCAGUGCAAAAAAUUGAUUGACCGUCAACUGAGCAUCUGCUACGACAAGCAAUACCUCUACUAUAUGAAGGGGUUGAUUUUGCGAGAGGAAGGUGACGCAGCCGAAGCCAUACACUGCUUCCAGCAGGCCAUCGCACUGAACCAAAAGGAGCCAGAAAACUACAAAGAGCUUGCUAAAACGCUCUAUUCAAUCGGCAAGUUCCGUAAUGCGUUGGAGGUGUUUCUUAAAGCGGAGACUUUACUCGAACGUCCCGAUUAUGACAUCUACCACCACAUAGGAGAGCUGUACUACAAGCACUUUGGCCAACCAAAGGCCGGUUUGGGUGAGGCGAAGGAGUAUCUCAAGCAAGCCAUCACUUGCGGCAAGCACGUGGAAAGUUACAAAAUUCUGGCCGAAAUUUACAUCGAAGAAGGAGACAGCAUUAAAGCGAUCGAAAUGAUAGAAAACUGCUUACAAAUUACGCAGGACGAUGUAGCACUAAUGACGCAGAUCGGCAUAUUGUAUUUGAAAAUCAACGAGUACCAGCGUGCGUUUGAGAAGCUGCUCGAUGCUACGGCAACGGACUCCAAACACACGAAUGCUCUGCUGGCGUUGGGAUCAAUAUUGCAAUCGAAAAAUGACAUCGACGGUGCACUCAACAAAUACAAACGAAUAUCUAAUCUGACGGACGAAAGCUCCGAGGUGUGGAGCAACAUCGGAUUGUGCUUUUUCAAAAAGCAAAAAUUUAUUGCGGCCAUCUCGUGCCUGAAAAAAGCUGUUUGGAUAACACCGUUAAACUUUAAUACGUUGUACAAUCUCGGUCUGGUGCUGGUAACCGCUCAACAGUAUGUCAGCGCAUUUCAAACACUGGCCGCCGGCAUCAGUCUACGACCGGAGAACGCCGAGAGUUACAUGCUGCUUGGAACCUGCUUGCGGCAUUUGAAUGAUCCCGGAAACGCUUACCUUUCGCUGGAGAAGUCGACCAUGCUUCCGGAUGCCAUCAAAAACCCGCUAAUCUAUCUCAACUUUGCGCUGUACUGUUACGAAAUCGGAAAAUCAGACCAAUCCGUGCUGUAUCUGAGCAACUUUCUCGAGAUGACUCAACACAUCACCGUGCACCGGGAGUACAUCAAGAUGGCCGACCGCCUGAACGGGGCACUUGCGGUUGCUGCUAGCGGACCUAUGGCCUACAACCCGUCGAUGCUGGAAGCGGGACACUCCGGGGGUCCUGACCGUACCGAGAAGGAUCCAAGGAUGGAGGAUGUAACCGGAAUGACGGAUGGCGAACACUCGGUAGCACAGUGCGAAGAAAACAUCGAAGGCGAUGGUUCCGACGGCGAUCUGCCCUGA